GGCGGAGGCAUUGGAGAGACAGAGGUUGGCCGACUACAUAGUGUGGAGGAAGAGAGAGGGCUUCCAGGAGAAGCAAGGAGACAGGGAGAAGGGAGGACGAACUGUAGAGAAAGGGAACCAGCCUGUGCCAGAAGUAAUCUGGAAGAGGAGAGAAGAAGAGGAAGGAGGCGAGGCGAGAGCGAGGGCCAUUCAGAGAGGACAUGAAACCGUUUGGAGGAAGAGAGAGAGAGAAUGACAGAGAAAUUCGAUGGGAGAUUUGAGAAUACAAUGCUCUUAAAAAGUUGGCGUUAAAGAAAGCGUUCUGCGUUGGAUUUUAGCCAUACAUCAGUAAGCUUCCUCUCUCUUCUUUAGCAGUUGUGGGCUUCAGUGAGUUUUGUAGGUACUCACUGUAGUAUUGACCAACUGGAGCUGUGUAUUGUAUGUGUGUUGGUGGCGCGUUAGUGUGCACCCCCUCAUUGGCUGCUAAUAGGAUUUUUAUGGGCUUGUGUCAAGAAGGAUAGAGCUGCACGCAUGUGCACACACCAACACACACACAAAGAAAACACUAAGAAGCCUUGUGGGUAGGGAAGGUUUAUACCGCCUCACGCAUUUAAACAUCACACACGAGUGCAGUAAGACGUACAUGCAAGGGGGUGUUGAGAGACAAUCACUUGUGUUGAUUCUCCAUGGUGUUGGCGACAGCUGGAUAACUAGCCCCCACUGAGAGGACGUUAAGAUUGGACAAGAUACUCUGAGAUAUUGUUGUACAUUAUGGAAAAAAGACCAAGAUGAAGCCUUUUUUGGAGAGCUGAUACCAUCAUCAGUCCCUUGGAACACAAUAAACAUUGAAGCAGAUUUAAAAAAAAAAAGAACUGAUGACAACAUGAUCUGCAUUGGUGCACUAAAAACACACUUUUUUCAUCUGCAUUCAACCAUUAACUGGGACACCCCAUUUUUCCCCUGCACCGUCUCUCAUCCUGCUUUUACUGUGGGCAAAGUUCAUGAAGCACUUUGGAUUCGGCCGCCUGGUAAUGAGUGGACGACAGACAACAAGACAGAUGGAUGCAGCUCUUCUGCUGAGAGAGACAGACAGAUGGCUUUGUGUCCUUUUAGAGAAAAACUCUACUGAGACAAAGAACUUUGAUUGAAUCACUAGAGCCUGUGUGGACUUGUGCAGAUAAAAAAAAAAAAAACUUGACACUGCAGAUUCAUUAUGGAGCUUGUCCCAAAAACCAAGUACACCCACUUUCGGAGUGAAUCACUGAGCUCGACUGAUGAAACAAACUCUAAUCCUUCAUCAUUCCCUCCUUCCAGUCCUGCCACCCCCCUCACUCCGUCCCCUGGUUUGCCUUCCUCUCUCUCCUCCUCCUCUCUCACUCCUAUCUUGCCCCCCUCUUCUCCCCGCCCCGCUGAGAACAGCCCCACCACCCUCUGCUCCUUCUUCCCCAGGAUGGGAUCCCUUCGUCUGGGCGUCUCUGCCACUCUUCUCCCAGGGCUCAAGGCCUCAAGCAGACCACCGCAUCAUCGGGCGCCCGUUGAGUCUUCUGGGGACGACAGGAGCUCUAGCUCCUCCCCAACGCUCCAUCACCCACUUUCCAAUCUAACCGUUCCUUCUCCUCCUCCUCGACCUCCCCUGCAGGACAUGAACCGGCUGGGAGGGGCGUCCAGGAGGGCACGGGUGGAAGGAGGGCAGCUGGGAGGAGACGAGUGGACACGCCAUGGCUCCUUUGUCAACAAGCCCACCCGCGGCUGGCUGCACUCCGACAGCGUUGUCAGCACCACUGGUGUUUCCUACACUGUACGGUACAUGGGUUGCGUGGAGGUGCUUCAGUCAAUGCGAGCGCUGGACUUCAACACCAGAACUCAGGUCACCAGGGAGGCCAUCUCGGUGGUGUGUGAGGCAGUGCCUGGAGCCAAAGGAGCCCAGCGCAGGAGAAAGCCUUCCUCUCGCUGCAUGACAUCCAUCCUGGGGAAAAGCAACCUGCAGUUUGCUGGCAUGACAAUCAGCCUAACCAUCUCCACCAGCAGCCUCAACCUGCUGGCCUCAGACUGCAAACAGAUUAUCGCCAACCAUCACAUGCAGUCCAUCUCCUUCGCUUCUGGAGGAGACCCAGAUACAGCCGAGUAUGUAGCAUAUGUGGCCAAAGACCCAGUCAACCAGAGAGCAUGUCACAUACUGGAGUGUUCAGAGGGAUUAGCUCAAGAAGUCAUCAGCACCAUCGGCCAGGCUUUUGAACUACGCUUUAAACAGUACCUAAAGAACCCUCCCAAACUGGUCACACCACAUGACAGAAUGGCUCCGUUCGACGGCUCUGCAUGGGAGGAAGAAGAUGAUGAGGCCGCUCCACCUCCUGACGUCCCUUACUACAAUAAUUUCCCUGGAAAACAGCCUCCCCCUGGUGGCCUGAUCGACAUGAGGUCCCGCCCAGGUGCAACGCUGCCUUAUGGACAGCCAGGUCAGAAUGACAUUCACAAGCAGCCUCUGCCUCCUCUACCAGUGGGUGCCAAAGAAGGAGGACGGGAACUGUUUGAUGACCCUUCAUACGUCAAUGUGGAUAAACCCCGCCCCCCAGUUGCAGCUAAUGGAAAUGCUCACAGAGAUGCUUUUGACAUGAAGCCAUUUGAUGAUGCUCUGGGGGUCUCUGGGCAUGGUGGCCAAAGUUCAGUGACAGCAGCGCCCCCUCUGGUGCAGCAGCUGCAGUGUGAGACCUGGUUUCAUGGCAGCUUAAGUCGCAGGGAAGCAGAGAGACUGCUGACCCGCGAUGGAGACUUCCUGGUGAGGGAGUCUGGGACCACGCCGGGACAGUAUGUCCUCACAGGACAGCAGGGGGGUCAGGCCAAACACCUGCUGCUAGUCGACCCAGAGGGAGUGGUCCGCACUAAAGACCAUCGUUUUGAAAGUGUGAGUCACCUGAUCAGUUACCACAUGGACAACAGACUCCCCAUCGUUUCGGCCGGUAGCGAAGUGUGUUUGCAGCAGCCAGUAGAGCGCAGAGCCUGACAUUACACACACCAAUGAACUACUACACCAAAUAUACACACACUCCUGCAGCCAUUAAACACAAAAGACAAACAUUCUUUCAUUAGCUAAAAAAAAAAAAAAAACACAACAACACUACACUUUACAUGGACAAGGAUACAAAUUCACAAACCAUCUCAAAGGAAGCCAAAAAAGAAAAAGAAAAAAAAGAUUAUCUGCAAAAUCUCUCUCAUGCUGCUGUUGCUACAUAUUCUGUUCUUUCUGAAACUGAACUGAAACUAAAACUGUGACCUGCAGUCCUCCACUCCAACAACUAUCAGGCGCAUCCCUCCACAACGGAGAAGCACUGCUGCAUUUUCUCAACAGCCUACUGUGAACCAGGGAGGAGCUUUGCUCAAUUCAGAACAGGGCAGAAAAAAAUGCAAUUUUUUUUUUAGUGUAAAAAGAAAUAUAUUGUGGGAUGAAGACAAAAAAAA